AUGGAUCGUCAAGUUGUCAAUGGGGACGGCGUGUUGAACGCAGCCAGACACAAGCUGGUCGACCAGGUCGUCAGGACACCAGGCCGGCAACCCUCACCGCAACCAACUUUACUUGGUGUUCCAGGAGCAUCCAGUUCCAACAUCUCCCUGCAUCGUACCCUUUCAGCAGAUCACAAUGGCCCCGGCUACGUGGCCCCCAAGUUUGAGGGCAAGAAAGCCCAGAUGGAAGAAGGCAAGUCUGCGUCGUGGUUAGCAAGGGUUAUGGACCUCAUCGAAGAAAAAGGCUUCCUGCCUACCGAAUUCAUUGCGUCGGAAACGGAAUGGUUCUACAAUGCACUCGGCAUCGAUGACAUGUACUUCUCAACCGAAUCGGUCGAGGCCGUCGCAAGCAACAUCCUCUCCUUAUAUGCCGCCAAACUGGCUGCGUAUGCGCGGGACGACAAGAAGUUGGAGAUCCAGUUGGCCAAAGAAGCGGCAGAUCAUGCAGUUUACAUUGAUACAAGCAAGCCCGGAAUCAGUAUGAUCAAAGGCCCAAGAUACGAGCAGAGAAUCGACGAGAAGUACAUUGACGGAUCUACACCCGCAAGAAGCUAUCGAGUCGAAUCUUUCCGGUCGAACAAUGCCCUGCCCGAGAACCCGGAACAGUCCCUGCGCUGCUACUUCGUCUACCAGUGUCAGUUCAACAAUCCCAACCCAAGCCCAGAUGAGACAGACUUGGAACAAAUUGGGGAAAAGAGAUUCUUGCAGAAAGCCACCAAGAACACGAAAGAGGUCUACCAAGAGAUCAUCACAUAUGCGGUUCAGCGAACGGGGCCUGUCAUCGAGAUGUUCGAUAUACAGGGCACGAGAGAGAAAAGAGUCGUCAUCGCAUACCGACAGGGUUCUGCCAUGGGUGUCUACAGCGCUCUGUCUGAUCUCUAUCACUAUUACGGAGUUACCAGCUCAAGAAAGUAUGUGGAGCAGUUUUCAAACGGCAUUACGAUCAUAUCUCUUUACCUCAAACCUGCAAGCAAUGACAUCGCGAAGUCUCGGCAUCCCCCCAUCGAGGCAGCUAUUCAUCAAAUCAUCAAGGAAGUAUCCUUGCUAUUCUGUAUCCCCCAGAACAAACUACAAGGCCAGUUUGCAAGUGGGAACCUGAGCUUGCAGGAGAGCAUCUACGCCCACUGCGUUCAUAUCUUCGUGCAACAAUUUCUCAACCGUUUGGGCUCUGAAUAUACAUCCCUGGUUGCGGCUUUGAAGGGAGAUAGUAACACCAAUGCUGAGCUGCUGGCUAAGAUUAAGAAGCGGCUCCGGACAGAAACUUUCACUUCAGAGUACAUCCUCGAGAUCAUCAACAAAUACCCCGACCUCAUCAGAAACCUCUAUCUCUCCUUUGCUAAUACCCACUAUGUCCAGACCAGAGGAGAACAAGACGACUUCAUUCCGACCUUGAGUUACCUCCGUCUCAACGUCGAGCAGGUUCUAGACUACAAUAGCUUGUCCGAUUUGAUCUCCCGGACUGUCCACAACCAGCACGACGAGAUGGUCAUGCAGUAUUUCCUGACCUUCAACCGAGCAGUUUUGAAGACGAAUUUCUAUACACCUACCAAGGUUGCUCUCAGCUUUCGACUCAAACCAAGUACAGAGUUCUUACCCGAGCACGAAUAUCCUCAAGCGUUGUACGGCAUGUUCCUAAUCAUUGGAUCAGAAUUCAGGGGGUUCCACCUGCGCUUCCGCGACAUUGCUCGUGGAGGUAUCCGAAUUGUCAAGUCUCGCAACAGGGAACUCUAUUCUAUCAAUGCCAGAACUCAAUUUGAUGAGAACUAUAACCUGGCAAACACCCAGCAACGAAAGAACAAAGACAUACCUGAGGGCGGCUCGAAAGGUGUCAUCCUACUCGAUUUCAACCACCAGGACAAGGCCCGUGUGGCAUUUGAGAAGUACAUUGACAGUAUCAUGGACCUUCUUCUCAAGCCAACAAGCCCGGGCAUCAAGGAUCCAAUCGUUGACCUUCACGGACAACAAGAAAUCCUCUUCAUGGGUCCUGACGAGAAUACAGCUGAUCUUGUCGACUGGGCCACAGAGCACGCCCGCAACCGAGGCGCACCAUGGUGGAAGUCGUUCUUCACCGGCAAGAGCCCCAAACUCGGUGGUAUUCCUCAUGAUUCAUAUGGCAUGACUACCUUGUCUGUUCGCCAAUAUGUGCUUGGUAUCUAUCGCAAGCUAGGUCUCGACCCAAGCCAGGUCAGAAAGUUGCAAACUGGCGGACCCGAUGGUGACUUGGGCUCGAACGAAAUUCUGCUGGGCAAUGAGAAGUACACAGCCAUUGUCGACGGAGCUGGGGUCCUCGUGGAUCCUGCUGGCUUGGACCGUGCAGAGCUUGUCCGUCUAGCGAAGAAGCGUGUCAUGAUCUCAGAAUAUGACGUUUCAAAGUUGUCGCCCGAGGGUUACCGUGUUCUGGUCGAAGACACAAACAUUACCUUGCCCUCUGGCGAAAAGGUUAACAACGGAAUGACAUUCCGAAACACUUUCCACCUCCGUGACGGUUCCGUGUACGAUCUGUUCGUUCCAUGUGGUGGUCGUCCAGAGUCAAUCGACUUGCAAACGGCGAGCAAGCUCAUCGUUGACGGAAAAUGCACGAUUCCCUAUAUUGUCGAAGGUGCCAAUCUCUUCAUCACGCAAGAUGCAAAACUCCGACUCGAAAAGGCUGGUUGCAUUCUGUACAAGGACGCAUCUGCCAACAAGGGUGGCGUCACGUCAUCGUCGCUCGAGGUUCUGGCGAGUCUCUCAUUUGACGAUCAGGGCUUCAUCGAGAACAUGUGUGUUCACCCGGAUGGCACUGUUCCCGAAUUCUACAAGACCUACGUCAAGGAAGUGCAAGAAACGAUUCAGAACAACGCCCGGCUCGAGUUCGAAGCCAUCUGGCGAGAACAUGAGAAGACCGGUGUACCGCGAUCCAUGUUAUCCGAUCAAUUGUCCCUAGCCAUCACCAAGCUCGACGAGGAAUUGCAGAAUUUCGAGGAGCUGUGGGACAACGAGCCUCUGCGUCUAGCAGUCUUCAAAGAGGCACUUCCCAAGACACUCCAAGCCAAGGUCGGGCUUGACAAGAUCUUGCAGCGUGUGCCGGGCAACUAUCUCAAGAGUAUUUUUGGAAGUUAUAUGGCCAGUCGAUUUGUGUACGAGUAUGGUGCUACGCCAAGUCAAUUUGCUUUCUUUGAUUUCAUGAGGAAAAGAAUGGCGGGAGCGAUUGCACAGACGCAUUAG